CUUGGAGUUCAGUUGCUACCGAGGUUUGGCAACGGUGGGUGGUUUAUGUGUAUUUAAAAAAUUUUCAUAAUGCCAUCGGAAAAGUCUGUUUAUCUGCCUAACCCCGCAAUUUCUAAAAACGCUCAUGUUUCGUCUUUUGCACAAUAUCAAGAGAUGUAUCAACAGUCGAUAGAUAAUCCUGAGGAAUUUUGGGGUGAUAUUGCAAGGCAGUUCUAUUGGGAAACUCCAAUAGACAUUAAUUCAUUCUUCAGAUAUAAUUUUGAUAUUAGGAAGGGACCUAUAUAUACAAAGUGGUUAGACGGAGCUACUACGAAUAUUGCUUAUAAUUUAUUGGAUAGAAAUGUUAAAAAUGGUUAUGGAGAUCGAGUGGCAUUUUAUUGGGAAGGCAAUCAUCCAGAUGACUACAGUCGCUUAACUUACAGAAAAUUGUUGGAAGAAGUUUGCAAAUUUGCAAACGUAUUGCGAAGUAAAGGAGUUAAAAAAGGAGACAGGGUGGCAGUCUAUAUGCCUAUGAUAUUAGAAGCUGUCGUUACAUUACUAGGAUGUGCUCGUAUCGGAGCAGUACACUCGCUUGUGUUUGCAGGAUUUUCGUCGGAUUCGUUUGCUGAAAGAAUUCUGGAUUGUGAAGCCUGCGUAGUAGUUACUGCAGAUGGAGUCUGGAGAGGAGAAAAAUUACUAUCUCUUAAGAAUAUCUGCGAUCAGGCAAUGAACAAAUGCGCACAAAAGGGUUACAAUGUGAAAACUUGCAUAGUGGUGUCUCACUUAGGGCGCGUAACGUCCCCAACAGGAGUUCAAAGAAACAGAAGUAAUAAAACACCGAUGCAAGAAAAUCGUGAUAUCUGGUGGCAUGAAAGUGUUUCUAAAGCUUCAACUGAUUGUCCUCCCGAAUGGGUGCAUGCGGAAGAUCCGCUAUUUAUGCUAUAUACCAGUGGAUCUACUGGCAAGCCCAAAGGAGUUGUUCAUACAACUGCAGGGUAUUUACUUUAUGCCGCUACAACUUUUAAAUAUGUGUUUGAUUAUAAACCAAAUGAUGUUUACUGGUGCACAGCAGACAUCGGUUGGAUUACUGGGCAUACUUAUGUAGUAUAUGGACCAUUAGCGAAUGCUGCCACCUCAGUAUUGUAUGAAGGUACUCCAUUCUAUCCCAACAAUGACAGAUUUUGGUUAGUGGCAAAAAAAUAUAGAGUGAAUCAAUUUUAUACUGCACCUACUGCUAUUAGGGCUUUAAUGAAAUUUGAGGAUGAAUUAGUUAAAAGGGUAGAUUUAUCUUCUUUGAAAGUGUUGGGGUCUGUUGGGGAACCAAUAAAUCCUGAAGCGUGGUUGUGGUAUUAUAAAUUAGUUGGUCGAGAAAAGUGUGCAAUUGUGGAUACAUUUUGGCAGACAGAAACAGGAGGUCAUGUUUUGACUCCGCUUCCAGGUGCAACUCCUAUGAAGCCUGGCGCUGCUGCAUUUCCAUUUUUUGGUGUACAACCUGCUCUUUUAGAUGAAUCUGGCAAAGAAAUCAAGGGAGAAGGAGAAGGCUACCUUGUUUUUGCUAGACCAUGGCCAGGUAUAAUGCGAACUCUGUACAACAACCAUCCUAGAUAUGAGACUACCUAUUUUUCAAAAUUUCCGGGAUAUUAUUGUACAGGAGACGGAGCAAGACGAGAUGCUGAUGGUUAUUUGUGGGUAACUGGGCGUGUUGACGAUAUGUUAAAUGUAUCAGGUCAUCUAAUGUCAACUGCAGAAGUUGAAUCGGUUUUAACGGAGCACCCUCAUAUAGCCGAAGCAGCAGUUGUCGCUAAACCUCAUCCCGUUAAGGGAGAAUGUCUGUACUGUUUUAUUACUACGACAGACAACGCUAGUUUUAACGAUAAAUUGCUAACAGAACUAAAGCAGUUGGUACGUGAGAGAAUAGGACCUUUUGCGCAACCGGAUGUAAUUCAAAAUGCUCCAGCGUUACCUAAAACUAGAUCCGGAAAAAUAAUGCGGAGAAUUCUGAGAAAAGUGGCGGUAAAUGAUCGAGAUGUUGGGGACGUCAGUACAUUGGCUGAUAGUAGUGUUAUUGAAAGUUUGUUCGCAAACAAACCUACAAAUGCUUAAAUAAGCAUGUUUUAUUGUUUGUCUUAUAUACAAUACAAUAACUUCAGAAUGACAAUGAGUCGUAUUAAUAAACUGUAGUAAACGAUUUUAAUUAUAUUAAUUUUGCUUCUUACAAUGUUAUAAAAUUUUCCAUGAUUCUAUAUUUUCGCUAUUAAAAUAAAAGCAUUUACUAUGGUUUAUAAAUAUUACCCACAUGUGCAAUAAGUUUAAGGAGUCAUUUGCUUCACCUCUUUUAGGUUUUUAGAUAAUUCAGUAAUUUAUUUAGUGGUUGUAUUGAUACAUGUAUCUGUCAUUAAAAAUUCAGUGGUAAAUGGACCCAAUAUUGAUAAGAAACAUUUUCAAGUUUUUUCUCGUGCAAUAAAUUUUUAGAAACACUUUUAGUUUUUGCGUAAUUGUUAAUAUGUAUAGUGACAAAGAAAUUAUUGUUAGUUGCACAUAUUUUUUACCUACCUACUUAUUUUGUUUAACAUUACUUAAUUUCAGGGUUUCAGAUAAAUGCACUACUGCACCAUCAUAAAGAAUGCGUAAAUAAUGAAAGCUCAGAGAUGGUAGUGGUUUUAAUAGUGGUGACAUAAGUAGAACUAUUAAUAAUAGAUUUUUUCUUUAAUUUUUCAAAGUAUUAUUUUUGGAUAUUUUUCCCCUCGAUAUGAUUGGUUGUGAGAUGAAGGGGUAAUCAUAUUGUUGUUUACUUCAACGGUUGUAAUGUGAACCUGUUCCGCGCUUAAUUUAAUAUGUUACAAGUAUGACGCUAUAGCUUUGACUUCGUGACUCAUUAGACUUGUAUUUUUUAAAAUGUUAUGUAUAUGCAUCUUUUUAAAAGUGGCCAUAGGGAUUCCCAUGUUAAAUUUUAGACCCCAUGUUAGCUUUUGUUAAGGUGAAAACCCCGAGAUGAUUUUUGAGGUGGAAAUAGCCCUAGGGUUCUAUUUUUAAUUUCCACUACCACUAUUUGUUAGUUUGUGCUUUAUAAAAAGUAACAUUAUUUUUGUUAAAAAUUUAGGUACAUCAUAGAAUCUUUUGAAUUUUAAUUUGUGAUAUUGACAGAAUAAUUUUAAGUUAAUUAUUAUUUAACACCUCCAUUGCACUUUUUAGAAAAGAAACAGGAUGAUGGAAUUCAAAUAUAAAUGAAGAAAAUAAAAGAUAAAUUCAUUGAAAUUGCGUUUUGGAUGUCCACGAUCGAGAUACGGUGCAUUUAUAAAUCUGACAUAAAAUUUUUGAAUUAUUCUUUUGCCGAGUGUGGAAAUACUCCAGCAAAAUUUUGGGCAAUUUCUCUUGUCGAUGUAUUCCGUGACUAUUUCCACUUCUUCUUUAAUUCUGUACUGAAGCAUGUUGACGAAUUUCGGUUAGUAAAACCCAGUGAUCGAACGAGUUAUCAAAUUUUAGAAACGUUAGGUAAAUGCUUGUUUUUACAUGGGUGCUUAAAUAUUACCGACAAAUAUUCAAAUAUUUUUUUUAAGAAAUAUUCUUUAAUUUAAUUGGCAAAAGAUUACCCAAAUUUCAUCCAGUAAAAAUUUCAACUCUGAAUCAUUUUACUUAAAUAUUAGUUAACAUGGGCUAUAGAAUGUAACGGAUUUUUAGAUCAUUACCUAUAUUACAAUUAGCAACGAUAUGAUAUAAAACACUAAUGAGUGUUCUUUUAUUUCUCUACUCUUAUACACGGCUUAAAUGACUUAAGCAGAGUUAGUCAAAUCCGAAAUGAUGAGAAAUCAAUCAGUUAAAUAUAAAAUACGACGGCGCGACAUCAAGCGAUAACUUUGACUGGUCAACUGUGCAGUCUCAAACUCAUUGAAAAUUGUGGUGUUAAAUGGUCAUUUUUAAUUUUUAAGGCAAUUUUUGCAUCUACGAGAAUUCGUAUAGCUGAGGAAAACUUGCAAUGAGCAUUAUACUCAGACUCUUGUACGGAGUCUGCCUCAGGCGUCUAUUGACUUCCACUAAUUUUUAACGUAACUAAAGACCCUUGUAAACUUGCCAUAGUCGAGAUGGACCGUAAUUAAUAUUUUACUUCCUCUUGUCUUGUUAAAGCUCGUUUACUGUCGUCUGAACUAACUCGGUAAAUUAGCCUUUACACGCACCCUGCCUGUAAAGCGUUACCGUGGCAGCUUUACAGGCACCGUGCCUGUAAAACGUUAUCAUGACAGCACCGGAAUCAAACACACAUUCGCUGCGUCGGCCUUUUUCUUAAUCUCACUAAUACUGUGCUAAUACUAACGUUAAAAUCACCUUCAAACUCUUCAUCUUCAUCGAAUUCCACAAUUAACAGAGCUCAGAAACAAAAUUAAACCAUUUAAAUUAUUAAUCGAAUUUACAAAUUGACAGUCGCGUUAUUUUCAAACAAUUCAAUUUUCCAUAGUUACCGGAGCAAACAAUGGAAAAUGACUAUAAUUUCUAUGACUGUAAUUUCAAGUAAAAUUUCUAGAGAUGCCAAAGUUGUUCAUUUUCAGGAUUUUCAGCAAGAGGAAGUAAAACGUUGUACGCGGCUCGCUUGCAACUAGCCUUUACUGGGGCUCACCGGAUUACAGGACUCGCUCCUACGUCGCUCGCCCUGCAAACAUUCCGGCUCGCCCGUAAAGGCUAAUUUACUAAGCUUGCCACGUAAAUAACUAUUACUGCCAUUUGUAUUACUCGGGGUGGGGGAAGUUAAGCCCUCAUAAAAAUUAGUGGAAAUCAAUAGACCUCUGAGGCAGACUCCGCACAAGAGUUCUGGUCAAAGUAUACUUCCGUGAUGCCGAAGCCUUGAGGUAGCCAUAUUUUUAACUAUACGUUUUUCACUGGAUGAUUACAAAUGAGCCUGAGAUUUUUUUCUUUUGAAAAAUGCGAUUUGGUAACAUAAAACGUUCACUUAUCAAAAAAACCAAACAUUUAUUGACAAUUUGAAAAUAAACAAAUACUUGUACAUGUUUAUGCUUAUAACCAAGGUUUCCAAUUAUUCACAAAUUAUUUUUUUUUAAUUUUUCAAAAAAGUAGGAUUUGUUGAAUUGUAUACUUCAGGGGCAAAGAAAGUCCUGUCGAAAUAACAAUGUUAUUUUUUUAAUCCUUAAAAAUUAUUAUCGAUUUUUGUAAGAAAUGACAAAGCAAUUGAGGGGUCACUCGACCCUUCUUACUAUUCAAAAUUUUUAGGUGGGGCGCGGCUGGGGUCAAGGGGGCUACGUGGCAAGGUCAAACUUUACAUCAAAUAUGUGGCCAAUUCAAAAAAUUCACCAGUUUUUGGGUUUUUGCGAAAUUAAAGCAACUUCGAUUUAUUUAGGGUGGCUCCUAAACUAAAAACCAGUAUCAAUCUAAUCUGUUUAUCUGUAUUUUAACAACUGCUACAAAAAUACGAUUUCAGCAUUUUAGUUAAGUAGCAUAUUUUUUAAGCUUUUUCUAACAAAAUAAGUGUAGUCCCUUUGUCCUGGUAGUGUUAGCUCCGAUCAAAUUUCCAAAACCCGUUUUUAUCGUGAAGGAUAGGUAUACCGAGACAUAUGAAAAGAAGCAUGGGCUUAAACCCUAUGUUUAGUUUUAAAAUACACGCUUGAAUGUUAUACAAGGCUCCUUGAUUAAAAAAAAUAAAUAUCACCUUAUUAAAAUUAAUGUCGUAAUGGUAGUUUAUGUAAAAGUAAACCUAUCUUAUUUCUACCGAAAAAUUUUCUGGCCAAAAAUUUCAGUAUUCUAAAGAAUUUUUGUAUUUUACGAUUUGUAACCACUUUCAAAAGUAAAAUAAAUUUUGUUGUUUCUUUUUACACAAUUUUAGAAUAAGAAAAUGCUUUAAAUAUGCCUUGUAAUUGUAACUAAACAUAUCAUAUUGCUCUUGUAUGUAUGUGUAUAAAAAUUUAUAUAUAUAUAAAUAGAGUGAGUAACCACACGUGGUCCUCGAUAUUUCGUGAAUCGUUUUUAGAGAUAGAAAUAAAUAAAAUAUUACAAUUUUCAAAUACGAAAUUUCAGUUCUUUUAGAAACAACACCCUGUAACUUAUUACUGCAUAUUAUUCAUAUUUUUCUCUUUCUUUCUGUAUGUUGAUGUAUCUCCUAAAAAAACGAAAAAUUGCAGAAAUUAUCAACUUAAAAUACAGAAAAUAUGUAACACAACACAAAAAAAAAUAAAAAGCAGUAAAAUGCGAUAAUAAAAUAACAGCGUUCUAUUUAAAAAAACUGAAAUAUAGAUAUUUGAAAACUGUGAUAUUUUAGAAUUUUUUUUUAAACAUGCUAGUUAUUAAGAUUCAAUUUAAUUUACCACACAACAAAGCGUUUUAUUUAUCUCUCCACAAAAUAAACAGGGUUUAAAAAUAACCUUAGGUACUGUGAUUUGUUUUGUGAAUCCUUGCACUACUAAAAAACAUCAAGAAAAUUAGAAUAUCCGGGCAUUAUCGUAUGGGAAUUAAAACAAUAAAUAAUGUUCUCAACCUUCGGAAAAAGCCAGUGAUAAUAUAUAAAAAUAUGUUGGUGUUCUAUUAACAAAAAAAAAAAACUAAGUUGCGUGUUAUGACUUAAAAACAGAAGACUCUGUAUAGUUGAAGAUGUAUGCUACUCAAUGGGUCGUACAGCUUAAGUCUCUGAUUAUUUUUUCCAUCAUAUAAUUAAUUAAUGAGACGCGCGUUUAGUGGCUCACCUGUAAUAUAACUGGGUCUAAAAAUAUUAAAAAUCGCCAAUAGCGCUCUGUUCAGAAAAAAUGCUUAGUGACAUUAUAUUUUGUCAAUAUAUUGAUAAUUUAAUUUACUCGUAAAUUUCACUGAUUUUUCAUAAGAACUAACUUUGUAUUAUUGAUUAAAUAUGUUAAAGGUUUAAAAAUUAGAAGAAAUGGAAGCGUAAUAAAAUUGUGCAUAAAUAAUGAAGUGAGGUAUGAUUUAAAUUAAUGAUUUCAAUUAUCCCCAUAGUUGAUAUCACGAUAAUAUUAUGUUUUUUUUUAAUUUUUACAUGUAGGUGCGUGUAUAGACGUAGAAUAGUGGAAGUAUCAGUAUGUAUACAAAGAAACCUGCAUAAGACGGCCCAUGGAAAAUCGGGAAACUGUCUAUAACGAAAAAUGUUUAUAGUCCCGAAUUGUUCCAUAAGUAUAACGUGUAAAAAUAUUUGUACAAAUGCGGAAACUGUCUAACGCGAACACGGAAAAUUACGUCAGGUAUAAAAAAAACCAUGACUGAAAUAAACCUGCACAAUUAGGGCGUUUACGACAUUGUUGUAACAACCAGUGAAUUGCACGACGUGGAAAAUCAGCGGGUUCCAAAGCUUCCACUUUUUGGACGUGGCAUGGAUGUAGGCCUUGUUCUUUUAACGUACGAUGCACAAUAAGCUGCGAAACUUCAACUUCAGCUGCAAGUGCUUGUGUCGGGCUCUUCUUCGACCCGUUCCAAAAAUUGUUCUUCAGCUUGCAGUAUUCUUUCUGUCCUAUCGUCAGUUCGAGGCUUGAAUGUACCACGAUCUUGGAUUUCGAACUGACAUUUGCGGCGAUUAUGACAUUGUUACAUCCGUAAUAUGUUCAAGGUUAUAUCGGUUUCUGUCCAUUCAGCCAAAAAUUGAAAACUGUUAAAUCUGGCAAUUUGCUUUAAAAAGGGUGAGCUGAUCGCCUUUGCAUGAGAUGUUUUCUUGCCAUGAUUACAUUUUGUUGUUCAUUAAAAAAAAUUGUGUGAACAUUCAGAAAAAUGAUGGAUUUAGCUGACGUAUUGCCCGAAAAUGUUAAAAAUGUAGGCAGUCAAGCAUUUGUUUGAAUAAACAAUGGUUUUCACAUUCAUUGCUUUUCAAUUCCUUGACAGAUGUUGACAAUUGCCAUUUCGGUAAGGUAAUAUUACCUUACCCAUUUUACAUACAGGAUACAGUUUUGGCUUUCCGACCAGCCAACUUUUAUAAAUUUAAACAGGCAUUUAAUAGACAGAAACCAAUAAAUACUAUUACGAAGUGUUUAUAAUGUUUUACACAAUUUAAAUAUGAUGCUUACAAUCAUGGUACAAGUAUUGUCUUGUACCAUGCUUACAAUAAUGUAGGUGAAUAAAAAAGCAUAAUAUUAAAGGAUACAAAAUAGGUAUAUGUAAAAUUAUGUCACGACUGGGGUGUUCUAAGGGGCUGGU